AUGGCGCCGACCGUUGCGGCGGCAGCGGCCACGGAGGGCGUUUCAACGGUCGAGCAGGGUAGCUCGUCGUCGCCGGCGUUCGGCCCUGGCGACGCUAAGGUAGCCUCCGACCCGGGCUCCUCCCCGUCUUCGAGGUCGUCCACGUCCUCCUCGCCGAACAGCCCACGCUCGCCGGCGAGGGAGGCUGGCGACGCGGCCGCGCCCAAGGGGCACGCGGUGAGGCGGUGCCUGUGCAGGUUCGCCAAGAAGCUGCAGCGCGCCGGGGCCGAAAACGCCGCCGACGAGCGGCCGGGCGGGCGCCGCGGGCGGGAGAGCCGGGCGACGAAGAUGGACGGGAGGGUCGCCGCCGUCGAGGACGGCACCGCCCGGGAGAGGGAGGAGGCCGUCGCGAGCGCGAUAGCGUACUGCAAGGAGACGAGCCGGCCGCGCUGCAAGCCGCCGCUGGCCCCCUCGCCCAGCUUGGACGGCUGGCUCCUCCUCGAUCCUCCUCCAGAGGAGACCGCCGGCACCACGAGCGCCGCCGCCUCCCACCACGCACACGCGGCCUGCGACGCAGAAUGCGGCGGCUGCACGCCGUCCACGUCGGAAACGCGGCGUGGGCCGGCCCCGGAGCUGGGAGAGGGCGACGACGUCGUCGACGGGCUUGACGUGGAGGUUGGCUUUGUCCAAAAAUGGAACUUUAUUUCACUUAUCGAGCGCCACCCCAAUAUUUUCCGUGUCUCUGGUGGAAGUACAUCGCGUGAGCCCAUUGCUGUCAUGCUUACUGAGAAGGCUAGAAGUAUUUCUGGUGAAGAGAUCCAAGCACAGCAGCUAAUGGAGCCUAUCUUGGUAAGGAAUCUGAGGAAGUUGUUAAUGAUGUCAAUGGACUGCCAGAUCCCUUUAGAGAAGAUUGAGCUCAUCCAACCUGAAUUGGGUUUACCAAAAAACUUCAAGGACAAGUUGGUUUCUAGUUACCCUGAUUUUUUUUCAAUCCGUGAUGUGAGAGGCUUGGAACAUCUGUGUUUGGAGAGUUGGGAUUCUUCACUAGCAGUCACAGCACGAGAAGAAAAACUGAAUUUUGAUGGUUUCCAAAUGGAGUUUAGAGGGGUUCCUAAAGAUGGGAAUAUACUGGGUCCUUUUGCUUUCAAGUUAAAGUAUCCAGCAGGAUUUAGGCCCAACCGGAAGUACCUUGAGGAGGUAGUCAGGUGGCAGAAGAUGGCAUUUCCUUCACCUUAUUUGAAUGCUAGGCGAGUGGAGCCUGCAACUCCACAGGCUCAAAAGCGAUCUGUUGCUGUUCUACAUGAGAUCUUAAGCUUGACAAUGCAGAAACGGCUGACAUCUGAUAAGCUAGAAGUCUUCCACAACGAGUACAGGCUGCCAUGCAAGCUACUUCUUUGUUUAGUUAAAAAUCAUGGUAUCUUCUACAUCACUAACAAGGGAGCAAGAAGUACCGUUUUCCUGAAGGAGGCCUAUGAUGACACUACCCUCAUUGAGAAGUGUUCUAUUCUGAAAUUUCAUGUUCAGUUUUCAUCUUUAAUUGGCCGAUCAUGUUCCGACUUAAAUACUCCACUGGCAGUAUAGUUUGAGUGUUAUUGAUUUACAUGAGAAGCGAAACCAUGGUGCGUCUGGCUGGUGCAUCUCUUAGUUGUUUGCCUGAUGUUCACAUGAGCUCAUUUGCACACAACAAACUAUGUAAGUCCUCUGUACAAUGGUGUUUCUGUUUCUUGCCUUAUUAGCUGUUAAAGAAAAGCUGUAAACACCAACAUCACAUCUUCAAAUAUGAAGCACCCCAGGAAAAAGUUGCGGCUGAGCUGAUGAGACAUCUAUGUUUGUAUGGAGGUCAAAAGUUCAGUAGGAAUGUAGGGGUUGAGGGAUUUGAGAUGAUUAAGAGCAUGAUUGGUUUGGUACAAAAAAAUUGGCAUGUCAAGAUUUGGCAAAUGCCAAAUGUUGGACUGUGUUUGGUUGGUUUCCUGCCAAGCUCACAAAAACUUGCCAAAUUUUGACAACUUUUGAUUUGCUAAAUGUUGUCAUCAAACCAAUCAGCCUCUAACUGCAGUUGUGUAGCUUAUAAUGCCAAAAAAAGAAGUUACAGUAUCAGUUCGGCUUUGUACUAAGAUAUGUAGUGUUGAGUUUGCUUCUCCUAAUUGGAUGGAUUUCUACAUUUGGCUCAUAAACAAUAGUCAGGCACUCAUUUAUCUGAAACUCUAUUAUUCACUCAGUCUCAUGUGACUCUGCUUGCAGCAGAAUGUUUGUUACUGUUCUGUAACUUCUUUCUAGAGAGUUCCGUAACAUAAAUGUGUUACUCACACAGUCAUACCACUAUACACUCUUGGUUGGUUGGAUGUUUUUAAUGCAUUACCAGCAUUAUCAUUCCUUGCAUGAACGGACCAUUGGUAACGGUUUUAGCACAAUAACAAGCUGCAUCUCAAUCAGUUCUUAUUUUGUUGUUUCUGUAUUCAUUAACAUGCAGAAAGCACCUGUAAAUGCUCCAGAUGCUGUAAACAAUUGAAUUUUUCUUCAAUCUAGCACAUUGACUGGUCUGCUAAUUUCUGAAUUUGCUGACAAUGCUUAUUUACGUUCAUUGUAUGUGAUUGUGUCCUUACGCUCAUGUCGCUAGUGACUUCAAGUUAUCUGCAUUGGACUUUGAUGGUAUCGUUCCUUACCGGUCCACCUAUUAUGUAUUUAGGUGGCCUAUUUUCUGAAUAAGCAGCAUGAUAUCCCUUAGAGGUUGUUUGAGAUGCCUAAGAAUGAAAAAUGACUUCCCAUGUAAUUACACAUCUUCAAUAUUCACUAACUUAAGAAUGGCCGGUUUUGAAUUGGCACAAAUAUAUUUAUAGACAUCCGGAGUCAUAGACCAGCUGUUGGUAGAUAGUAUCCCUCAUUUUGGGACAGAAGGGCAACAUAACUCACUGAAAUUUGUGGUAACUUGAUGUCUUCCUAUAUUAUUUGUUUUAGUAUAACUUUAUAAACAUAAUUCGUACUAUGUGUUUCAGAUGUCAGAUUGAUUGUUUACAUGGAUUAAAAUGUUGUGAAGAACAGAAAUUAGUGUUGUGUUAUGGAACUCUUGUUUCUGUGAAGUGACUAGCAAGAGUAUCCCCUGUGGUGCAUGCAAAAUUUCAUUAUUUGUGCUCAGUUAGUGAGCACGUCGGAACAUGUACUGAACACCUGAAGUUAUUUGGAUAACUGGUUUUGCCCAUGAUUAUUUGGAUAGCUCUCUUGAUUUUUUAUCUCAGAAAUCUGAAAUACUGCAGUGUUUAAUUCUGCUUAUUAUGUUUCCAAACAAUUGUGUGUCAUCUUAGAUAUAGAUAGCUGUAACAUGUACCCACAACUUAGCUUUCCACAUUCAACUACUCAUGUUGCAUCAACACAUUCAUCGUGUGCCCAUCGGGACACUUACAAGAAGGAAUAUCAGGCUUAUUUCCUUGCUUCAGAAGCAAAUAGAAGUCUUGCUAAGGUUUAUACUGUGACAGCUCAGGGUUACACCCUAUGUCUAUGCGCUCUGAGCCUCUGACAGUCAGCACACUUCUUUGCUGCAGAUUGCCCCAUUUCAGUUAAGCAAGACAAAUGCGCACGGGAUUAUAGUCCUCACCCCCACGCAUCUUUGUAACCUACAGUGGCAAUUGUUCAGCGGGCCGAACUCACAAAGGGUCAACUAAGCGAAGAUGGCGUACCAAUUACUAUAGGAUAUUUUGGCCAGCAGGAACAGGUAUGCAACAAGCUGACAUGAAUAUUUUCUUUUUCUUUUGUUAAUAUCUCAGUACAAAUAUUGCAAUCCAGCAAUAGGAGCCCGUCUUUGUAGCAUGGAUUUGAUGUUGUCAGAUUAUUCUGUAGCAAGUCUCUGGUACUGAUAUUAUUGUUUUUUGUGUAAUUUGGCUUUGUGUCAAAAUCAAUACGCUGUGCACCAGUCAAAGUAUGGAGACAAUACAAUGGAGUGCUGUUGAUCUGGGACAUGCAAAGCCUUAUCAGUUUUUUUUGUUUUUUUUUAUGAAAAGGAGGAACCGAGCCCCCGGCCUCUGCAUCAAUCGAUGCAUGCAGCCAUAUCAGUUGCAACAAGCUAUUCAUGGGCAGGUUUAAAUCCCUUUCAGAGCAUCUUGAGUAUGUACUGAUAUUCCUGCAUUGAAGUGGUUGUCGACAUAGAAUGACGUCCUGGUGGGAGAUGCACAUAUAUAUGCUUGACUGCAACGCUAAACAUAGCUCUCGGUGGGAUCCAAUCAGAUGGACAUAUGCUAGGUAAAGAAGGACCGACAAAAUUAUGCGUGGCGUGGACACAUGGAGCCAGGUGCGAUGAGGCCAACUAACUGGCUGCUGCUGCUGCUGCUCAAUUAUAAGCCCUUAAAGUUAAGAGCAUGAACAGGAGCAGUGAUUGGGACCAGAUUAUGCAGACACUAUGAUGGUGGUCACGAGCCUGGUCAGAUGCACUGAGAGCUAGAUUUGGAUGGCUGAUAGCCCAGAAAAAGUCAAGCAAAUACAAAGGAUGGAGACUGGAGGGCCGUCCUUAUUCUGACCCUGUUUGUUUUUCUUCUCCUGGUAAGCAAAUUUUCUCUCUCCCUCUGCAGUAGCCUUCCAAAUGUCUGAACCUUUGCAUUUGGCCUCUCUUAAUACU